AUGAGAAUUGACCGGCGACUCUUUAAGAAUAAAUGGCGUAGAGGACGAGUGGGACAAGUCUGUAAAAAUUUCCAGGCCAAGUCCACUCGGACGACUGGAGGGGAGCGCGCAAAUCCCGCUGUGAACUGGGGAUACGCAGCAAUUGUAAGGCGCGACCAAAACCUUACGAGAGCAUGGAGGAGAGGAGAGGAGGAGGAGGAUUGGAAACGGUUGGUCGAACGAACGUCAAUCUCCGGAUUGCAGCUGGACCGUGGAUCAAUGAGAGUCGCGAUGAUCGCGGCGAGUGGAGCCGCGCAGCGUUUUGUUGGGAAAUCGGCGACCUUCAAGCCUCGGCCCAACAAAGCGGAUCUCACAUAUGAUGACCUGCCCGGGAUCACUGGAUAUUUCUCCGCCUCGACAAGCCGAACCAUCACCCUCCGCAAUUACUCUCAACCGCAUGAAACCAGUGGUACAACAUCUCCCAUUCAGCUACAGAUAAAGCAGUUGGGUGGAUCCCGUGACUGCAACAUGACUCGUGGGGCUGACUCAGCGUCUGACAUCACUCAACCAUCAUUGACUCGACAAAUGCGGCAGCUGUGCCCUCAUUGGCCAGAAGUCAAGAUUCUGAGCCUGACGGUUGAGCCUAGAGCUCGUGAUCAGGGAGAUGGAUCGACAUAUUGGCGUGUGCAUUUGAGUAAUAGCAGCUUCUGUGGUCGUAGCUUACUGUAUCCCCUCAACACCGGGGAUAUAGGGAAAGACAGGAAUUCAAUGAGUACUAGCGGAGACUACAUGCUUAACUGA